AUGCACGUCCUGCUCUUCUUGGCAAUUUCAGCAUUGACGAAAUCUGAAAUUCCAGAAAAAUCUAAAAAUCUGGAAUGUUAUGUGACAAAGAAAACCGUUUACGCUGAAAAGCCGAAAUUCCAACUGGAAUCUGAAAAUACGGAAAUUAUCGAAUAUCGAAAAGACGACGAGCUGAAAACGGGACCACCGAUUUGUGUCAUGUUUUAUGGGUCCAACGAAACGCAUUCCGCCACGUGGCAAGGACAUGUCAGCAGCUUUGCACUGCCUUUGGAGUGCCACAUCAAUUCUGAAUUCUACACCCACUGCUUCCACUCCCCCAACAAUUUCCCCUUCCUCGAGCUCCCCACCGGGUGGGCGUGUUGUUGCUCCGCCCACAAGUGCAACUUUCGAAAUCCGUCGUUUUUCCAAUUUUUCGAGAAAAACGUCCUUGACACUUCUCGGAUUCUAAACCAACUAAAACCCCUGGCCAGAUACUCGUUUUGCAUUUUCAUCGCCUCGAUUUUCAUGAUUUUCGAGGCUGGACUCGAAGUUUUGGCCUGGAAAAUUUGGGGAAAACGAAAGAAGAAUACUGUAGAGGGAGCCGAAAAAGAUGAGCAAUGUGAAAAGGCCAAAAAUGAGAAGGACCAAAAUGGGCAAAGUCCAGCGAACCCGUUGAAAAGUCCUUUGCUCCCCACAUCUUCUCUAAAAGUCCAAGCCACCCAAUCGUCUCCACCUUCUGAAAAUUCGAAUAAGAUUAAUUCGGAAAUGACGAUUAAGGCGGAGCCAAGUUUGCAGGUGGAGCCGACCCAGGACGAUGAGGUUCCGAGUACAAAACGAUCGGAAUUCGAAUUGGCAAACACGCAAAAAGGAGAGGAUGAUGAUAUUGUGCCAAUCCCCGAAAAACCGGCAUUCAAGGUGACAAAAACGGGACGAAUUCAGAAGACAUCAAUGAACUACGAGGAGAGUACGUAUUCGGACCUACUGGACGAUUAA